CUUUCGCUUCCCCGCCUCGGCACGCGCGGGCCCCGCGAUGGACCUGGAGGCCUCCCUGGAGCAGUCGGUGCAGACGCGCAUCUUCAAGAUCAUCGUCAUCGGCGACUCCAACGUGGGCAAGACCUGCCUGACGGUGCGCUUCUGCGGCGGAGCCUUCCCGGCCAGCACCGAGGCCACCAUCGGGGUGGAUUUCAGGGAGAAGGCGGUGGAGAUCGAGGGCGAGCACAUCAAGGUGCAGGUGUGGGACACAGCGGGCCAGGAGAGGUUCCGGAAGAGCAUGGUGGAGCACUACUACCGCAACGUGCACGCCGUUGUCUUCGUCUAUGAUGUCACCAAGAUGGCGUCCUUCCUCAACCUCAAGACCUGGAUUGAGGAGUGCAACGGCCACGCGGUUCCCUCCCUCGUCCCGAAGGUGCUCGUGGGGAACAAGUGUGACUUGAGGGACCAGAUCCAGGUGCCAUCCAGCAUGGCCCUGAAGUUUGCUGACGCUCACAACAUGCUUUUGUUUGAAACCUCCGCCAAGGACCCUAAAGAGAGCCAAAACGUGGAAUCUAUUUUCAUGUGUCUGGCUUGCCGGCUGAAGGCCCAGAAAUCUCUGCUCUAUCGGGACAUGGAGAGGCAGCAAGGGAGGGGGCAGAAAACGCAGCUGACACCCGAGGCGGGCCACAAAAACCCCUGCCCUUGUUGAACUGAGGCGUUUUGCCCUUCCUGACCAUUUCGUGUGGCACGGGAGUGGGAGCUGGUGGUUUUGGUGCCUCAAUAAACUGAAUCCAGACCUGCUUGUUUCAUUCUAACUUAAUGUUUAAUUAAUAAUAAAAUUUGUAUCACUGGUGA